AUGUUCUCAUACACAUCGCGCUCCUUACUUGGAGUGAGCAAGCGCCUCAGGGUGCCUGUGCCAUUCCGCUCUCUAUCAUCCCCAACCCAGCCAACUCCGCCGGAGCAAGAGAAGACACCCGCUCAAGACUCAACACCGACCCCUACACCAGUCGCUCCCGCAGAAGCUGCCUCUGUGGCCCCUACUCCUGCUGACACUCCUGCCGCUACGCCCGUCGCGACCCCUGCUACCCCCGCCGCUACCGCCCCUGCAUCGACUAUUCCAGAAGCAUCGGCGGAGCCCGAGCAAAUCACCAAGCCUAGCGUGAAAGAAUGGUCUGAACGUUUAGGAGCAUUCGGCGAGGAGAGCCGACUUCCACGAAGCGUGCAAGCCAUAUACCUACGCCCUUUGCGGAGGAAGGCCGAGUACGGCCUCCCAGUCUGCGACCUCCAAUUGCGAUCAUACAGUGUCCGUAACGUGGAGUUCUUCACCGACUUUGCCAUCCGUGCCGCUUACUACCUCAACCUCCCCGUGUCCGGGCCUGUGCCUCUCCCCCGCAUCGUUGAACGCUGGACCGUCCCCCGAAGCAACUUCGUACACAAGAAGAGCCAGGAGAACUUCGAACGUAUCACCCUCCGUCGACUGGUACAGAUCAAGGAUGGAAACCCGCAAGCGGUGCAGGCGUGGCUUGCAUUCCUCCGGAAGCACGCAUUUUACGGGGUCGGUAUGAAGGCAAAUAUUUGGGAACACGAUAGUCUUGAUGCUGGUAAGGCUAUGGAUGCUUCUGUUGCCGAGGUGGAAGAAGCUCUUCGCCCCGAGCUUGCGCAAUUCGGUCAGCGCAAGGACAACUCUGCCCCGGGCACGAUAUUCGAUACUUUGAACAGUGAGAGAUUCGCGGAGCGCAAGGUGCCCCAAGACCCAGCUCAAUUGAAGAGAUGGAGGAAGGAGGCAUUUGCAACGUUGCUUGCUGUGGGCCUGGAUCCCAAACGCUCUACAAUAUUCUACCAGUCCAGUGUGCCAGCACAUACUGAAUUGAUGUGGAUUCUCAGUACGGUGGCUUCCAUGGGGUAUCUGUCUCGUAUGACACAGUGGAAGAGUAAACUUCAGCUACCAGAGGAUACUACGCUUGAUGACUCGACAGCACGGGCACAACUGCGACUUGGUCUUUUCUCCUAUCCAGUACUACAAGCUGCUGAUAUCCUUGUUCACAGAGCUACCCAUGUCCCCGUCGGAGAAGACCAAAGACAGCACCUCGAGUUUUCCAGAUACACCGCGAACAGCUUCAACCACCUCUAUGGGCCCAUCUUCCCCAUCCCAGAGGCACUGAUAUCCCCUGCCAAACGAGUGAUGUCCCUUAAGGAACCCACCUCAAAGAUGUCCAAAUCGCAUGCCGAUGAGAAAUCCCGAAUCAUCCUUACGGACUCACCGGCCGAAAUCAGCAAGAAAGUCAAGGUAGCCUUGACUGACUCGCAAGCAAGCAUCACCUACGACCCGGUCUCUAGACCUGGCGUGUCUAAUCUCAUCGAGAUCCUAAGCCACCUAGAAGGUGUAUCGUGCGAGGAUAUUGCGGCUGAUUUCCACAGCGCAAGUCUCCGAUCACUCAAAGAACAUGUUGCAGACCGGAUUUCCCAUCAUUUGCAGCCGAUCCGGGAUCGGUAUAUUACAAUCAUGGAAGCUAAGACUGGAUAUCUGGAGUCUGUGGUUGAGGAGGGAGCCGAAGCAGCGCGGGCUAACAGUCGGGAGACCAUGCGGCAAGUUCGGGAUGCUAUGGGUCUGUGA